AUGACAUCGCCAAAACGUCGCAUCGAGACCGACGUCAUGAAGCUUCUCAUGUCGGACUACGAGAUCACCCUGAUCAACGACAGCAUGCAGGAGUUCUAUGUCCGUUUCCACGGCCCAGACGAGACUCCGUUUGCCGGAGGUGUGUGGAAGAUCCACGUCGAGCUGCCUGACCAGUACCCGUACAAGUCACCCUCGAUCGGCUUUAUGAACAAGAUCUUCCACCCCAACAUCGACGAGCUCUCGGGGUCCGUGUGUCUCGACGUAAUCAAUCAGACAUGGUCGCCCAUGUUUGACUGCAUCAACAUCUUCGAGGUCUUUCUACCGCAGCUGCUGCGCUAUCCAAACCCUACCGAUCCGCUCAAUGGCGAAGCGGCAGCGCUGCUCAUGCGCGAGCCAAAGACGUACGAAGCACGCGUAAAGGACUACGUGCAGCGCUUUGCCACAAAGGAGGCGGCCAAUGCGGCAGGCGAAGAGGAGGAUGACGACGACGACGAUGACGACGAAAUGUCCGACGUAGGCAGCUUCUCCGAUCAGGGAGAGCCAAUGGGUGACAUGGAGAUGUGA